UGAGAAAACAAGAGUAAAACCCACUCACCACCGUGCCUCUAUCUCAACCAUCUCGUAUCAACGUCAACUGCAAGACUAUAAAGUCUGCGACGUUCAUCCAUAGUAAGAAUUGGGUUCCUUGUCCUUCUACUGAAAUAACACAUUAUCAUACUAUUCCUUGACUCUUUCUGGUGGGUCUUCCUUGCAUAUGAUUAGUUCUAAUCUUUCUUCAACGAGACAAACUUGAGUCUGGCCUUGAUUUUCCUUCUUUUUGAUAUUAUUUUCUUUCUCCCCUCCCCUCAAGUUUUGCGUAUAUAUACUGGUUCAUAGUGCAAGGGGGGACUCGGGUUCUCAGUCAUCUUGAGUCAUCAGAAUAUUCACGCUUACGAAGGCAUCUAUCAUUUCGCACAGUAGAAGCAAAUGAUUGUAUGUACAAUGAGGGACUUGUAUUUUCAACUCUCUUAGGCCGGCAAGGUUUAUAGCUUUCCGAGAAGAAUAGAGCAUUCGUAACUCGAAGCAAUGCCGGUACCGCUUGCACCAUACCCAUCUCCACCGGUGCCCUUCACUCCUCCAAACGGUGUGCAGAGCCAGUUAGUAUGUUCAGGCUGUCGGAAUCUUCUUCUCUAUCCUCUUGGAGCAUCAUCUGUGUGUUGUGCAGUUUGCAAUGCAGUGACUGCAGUCCCACCCCCUGGCACGGAAAUGGCUCAGUUGGUCUGUGGUGGCUGCCAUACUCUUUUGAUGUACAUCCGUGGUGCGACAAGUGUGCAGUGCUCUUGUUGUCAUACCAUUAACCUUGCUCUUGAAGCAAAUCAGGUUGCGCACGUGAACUGUGGAAACUGCCAAAUGUUGCUGAUGUAUCAAUAUGGAGCACGAUCAGUGAAAUGUGCAGUGUGCAGUUUUGUGACUUCAAUUGGGGCCUCCCCAAGCACAGAACAGAAGUUUAGCAGCUAAGAAGUACUUUGGUGAAGCUUUUGUUCCUGGGAAUGGCUGUCCUUUACUUUUGGCUACAGGGAUAAAUAACUGAUUUUAAGGCAGCGAAAGUCCCUUUUUCCAUGGCGCACAUAUCCAGAAGAAGAAGCUUUCUUCAGAGCCUGUCUCUUCUAUAGUUCAAAUAAGCAGUUUUGGUGGUCAUCAUAUGUGCAAUUGUUCUUUUCUAGUUGAGAGGUGUUCAUGUAAAAUAACCUGGGCCUUUGUCCAUAUUAGUGACGAUUAAAGACGAGCCGAGAGGUGAUCGUAGCAACUCUCUCUCUCUCGCUAAAAUAAAACCGGUCUUUGCACUUAA